CAUUCUUCUCUUUUCUUUUCUUUCCUUCUCAAUCGAAAUUUUCUAUCUCUUCUCAUUCGUUCUUCCCCAUCGAAAUCUCUUCUUUCUUCAUAUAUAUAGAUAUAUUUCUCACUGUAUAUUUCGAGUAAGCACAACUCAGUUUCGAAUUUAGAGUACACGGUUUUGAUUUGAUUGAAUAUUCAAUCAUCAUCUAACCUGUAACCCUAAAUUCGAAAAUUUGGUGAAUUUAUUGAAUAACUUCCCAUUGAUUACCUUAUAUAGAAACUUCAACCCCUCCCUUAGUGUAAUUGAUUGAAUUACUUUUGAUUUGUGAGGGAAUUAGGAUUUUGAUGAAAUCCCCAAAAAAAAUUCUCUAACCUUCAGAAGAACAAUUUGAGAUAAGAAUUAGCAACCAUUUUUCGAGUUUUAUAUUUUAUGUCUGAUCGUGUAAUUUUAUGUUUUGGUAAUUGUUAUUAUUUUUUGUUCAUUUUGAUUUUCCAAUUUUAGGUUUGAUUUGGUUGUCUAUGUUGAAAAUGUUAGGGUAAUAAUUCGGAUGAUUACAGUUUUUUUUUCUGUGCAAGUGAAAAGAAAAGAACAAUCUUAACCAAACAAGUAGCCUUGAUCCAAACAGGUUACAUUCUGAAUCACAAUUGUAUACAGUUGUGCAUUUCAGAGUUCAUGUAAACUCUACCAAAGAUUAACUUUGUCAGCAUUACCUGUUUGUGCAAAUUGCCUAAGAAAAUAUUGUUAAUUGAUUUUUUUUAUUCAAAAUCUCUGUGCACCUGUUCGUGACAGAUUUAGUUUGACAGAUUUAGUUCACCUUUUGCUUUGUAGAUGGCUAGACGAAGUCCAAGAAUUAUUGCAAGACAAUCUCAGCAACAAAGAGAUGUUGAGUUACAGCGGAGCCGUGAAAAACGGGAUUCGGUGACCGAAGUCGAAAAACAAACGCUUCGUGAAAAACGCCAUAAUGCUUAUCUCAUUAGGAAAGCAAAGAUUGGAUGUGGAAACACAGCAGAGACAAGCAAUCAAGGUUUACCAGUUUCUGAUUUAGCUGGAGAGCAUAAAGCAGAAUCACGUUUCAUUCCUCGCCGUAGCCCUAGAAUUGAGCUGCAGCGGAGAGAGCUUCAAUUAGAGAAGUAUCGUAUUGCAAUGAGAGAAAGUAGAAGUUCUAUGACUGAAAAUGAAAAGCAUCAGUUCCUUGAAAAAGCCCGUUCGGCAAUGAAAGAAAGAAGAAGUUUAGUGACUGGAAAUGACAAACAGCUGAUCCUUGAACAAUGCCGAAGGGCUUAUGAAAUACGAAGAACAAGAGUGGGUGAGGGAACUAACAAUGAGCACACAGCCGGUCCAAGUAGUGGAGUAACACAUGGAUCUUACCGGCUCUUGUGCAUCUGGACAGUGCAACAUAGAGUUGUCCAUGGUUGAAUACGGGGCUACUCAAGUCUACCCCCACGUAUUUCAGUGACUGACCCUGAGAUUUAUUUAUGGUCAUCGCAUAAGCCAACCUGAUUGGGAACUGUCUCCUGGUCAAUCAAAUGAGAACAUGCGAUGAUGAUGGUGUUAGUGAUAUGCGUGGAAUGAAAACCACUUCCCCAGCUUUAUCUCCUGUUAAAAUUGUUGCUACAAUAACAUGUUACUCGCAGAUCUCUACCCUCAACCUGAUAACACAACAAAUCAUGCCACUAUUACACAAUCCUCGAUGCAAGGAUCUAAAUAUAAACAACACGAUGAAAAUGGAUGUGCUGAAUCGACAUGUGAUAAUCUGGAUAAAGCACAUACCUAGUACCGUUGCAUAGUCCACUUCUAGGAGCUAGAUUACGUAACAACAUAAUUGGACAACCGACUUUGAGUUCUAACAUGAAAGGUGGUAAUCCUGACGGAUUUUGUUGGUUUAAU